UUCACGGAAGUGCAGCUCUUAGAAGGUCGCGGUGGGGUCACGGGAAAACCCCAACUGUAUGUGAAGCUCGCCGUGGAACGGGAUGAGAGGACCAAGGUGUCUGGGUGUGCGGGUUGGGGGAACCCUGGGUCCGUGGGAGGAGAGGAAGCAAGCGGGAGUUGGUGACUGCGGUGCCUGUGGUUGGGGUUCCUUUGGAGACAGUCCUGAGGAAUUCUGGUGGUCAGCGAUGAAAGGCAUGUGGAAACCAACGAUUGAAAAUCUGUGAUCAGGGCUUGGUGUCUGUGACUGAGGCCUGCGACAAGGACUGGUUUUUGACAAAGCAGUCUGUUCGGAUUCGGGAUAUAAGAUGCGACUCAAUGACAGCCUGCAGGUCCUGGCUUCAGGAACAAGAGACAUUAAGUGAAGAGGAGGAGAUUUCAGGACCUGAAUGCUGUCAUUUGUGGGGAUACUACUGACUGGAGACAAAGAUUUCUAACCAGAAAUUUAGGACAGUCCAGGAAGAGACAAGAAACAAUACUCUCAUUAUUAACCAUUUCUCAAUAACAGAAGAAAAUGAUUCAGAAUCAGGAAUCAGUGACACUGGAGGACGUGACUGUGGACUUCACGUGGGAGGAGUGGCAGCUCCUGGACCCUGAUCAGAAGGACCUGUACCGGGAUGUGACAUUGGAGAACUACAGCAACCUCGUGUCAUUGGGGUAUCAAGUCAGCAAGCCAGAUGCUCUCUCCAGAUUGGAACGAGGGGAACCAUGGACCAUAGAAGAUGAAGCCCACAGUCAAAUCUGUUCAGAAAUCAAGAAAGAUGUCGGUCAUCUCCAGGGGCACUUGCAAAAUCGAAGAUGUCUAAAGAAAUCGGAACAAUGCCAUGAACAUAAUGCAUUUGGAAACAUUGUUCAUCGGGGUACAAAUAAUUUUCCUUUGAGGCAAAAUCAUGAUAUAUUUGACACACACAGGAAAGCAUUGAAUUCAAAUCUAAAUUUUGUUAAGGAGAACGGAAGCUAUGAUGUAAAGAACCCUAUUGAGGUUAAUGGCAAUGUGAAAUCUUUCCUCCAGGCAAAGCAUGAGCGAUUUCAUACUGAAAUUAAAAUUCCUGAAAAUGGAAAUUCACAAUUUGUUAAACACCAAAGAAAUGAAGAGAUAAAUAAACCUCAUGUAUGCAGUGAAUGUGGGAAAGGCUUCAUCAAGAAAUCUCGCCUCAUUGAUCAUCAGAGAGUUCAUACGGGAGAGAAACCUCAUGGAUGCAGUGUAUGUGGGAAAGCCUUCUCCAGGAAGUCCAGGCUCACUGAACAUCAGAAAACGCACAUAGGAGAGAAACGGUAUGAGUGCACUGAAUGUGACAAAGCCUUCCCCAAGAAAUCACGGCUACUGACUCAUCAGAAAACUCAUACAGGAGAGAAACCCUAUGUAUGUGACAACUGUGGGAAAGCUUUCAUCAAGAAGUCUCGGCUCAUUAAUCAUCAGAGAGUUCACACAGGAGAGAAACCUCAUGGAUGCAGUCUGUGUGACAAAGCCUUCUCCAGAAAGUCCAGGCUCAUUGAACAUCAGAGAACUCAUACAGGAGAAAAACCUUAUAAAUGCACAGAGUGUGACAAAACAUUCCGCUGGAAAUCACAGCUCAAUGCCCAUCAAAAAACUCACACAGGUGAGAAGUCCUAUAUAUGCAGUGACUGUGGGAAAGGCUUCAUUCAAAAGGGCAAUCUCAUUGUACAUCAGCGAACACAUACGGGAGAGAAACCCUAUAUAUGCAAUGAAUGUGGAAAAGGCUUCAUCCAGAAGGGUAAUCUCCUUAUACAUCAGCGAACUCACACUGGAGAGAAACCUUAUGUAUGCACGGAGUGUGGAAAAGGCUUCAGCCAGAAAACUUGCCUCAUAUCACAUCAGAGAUUUCAUACUGGAAAGACUCCCUUUGUGUGUACCGAAUGUGGAAAAUCCUGUUCACAUAAGUCAGGUCUCAUUAACCAUCAGAGAAUUCACACAGGAGAGAAACCCUAUACAUGCAGUGACUGUGGGAAAGCCUUUAGAGAUAAGUCGUGUCUCAAUAGACAUCGGAGAACUCAUACAGGAGAGAGACCCUAUGGGUGUUCUGAUUGCGGGAAAGCCUUCUCCCACUUGUCUUGCCUUGUGUAUCACAAGGGAAUGCUGCAUGCAAGAGAGAAAUGUGUAGUUUCAGUCAAGUUGGAAAAUCCUGUCUCUAAGAUUCAUAGCUCUUCACAUUCAAGUGAUAUCGUACAGAAGAAAAACUCUGUUGGUACGGUGACCAUGCAGAUGCCUUCUAUGGUGGCCCAGACUUCAUUACACAUCAGUGGGUUCCUAGUAGAUGGGAAUGUGACCACUGUGGAACGUCCAAGUACCAGAGGUGCACUGUCAGCAGAUAAUAGAUCUGCACAGAGAAACCUUAUGAAUGCAGUGAAUGUGGUAGUGCCUUCAGUGACCAAUUACAUCAUAUUUUAUGUCACAAAAAUCACACAGGUGCAUGUUAUGACAGGAAUCAACGACACUGGAAGUCAUGACUGUGGACUUCAUUUGGGAGGAGUGGCCCCCAAGCAGAAGGACCUGUACUGGGAUGUGAUGUUCGAGAACUACAGCAACCUGGUAUCAGUGGGGUAUCAAGUUAGCAAACCAGACGCAUUCUCCAAGUUGGAACAUGGGAAGAACAGUAUAAUCGAAGACAAAAUCCGGGCCGGCCGAGUGGCGCGAUGGUUAAGAACUGGCUUGGGACGCCAGAGGACCCCGGUUCGGAUCCCAAUGAAUUUACCCCCAAGUUGUGUUUGCCUCGGUGACCUCGAGCCCCUUUCAGGCCUCUCUUGUCCUAUAACGGCCGAAGUGCCAGAAGUGGGAGCGUUUCAGCAGUGGUCUCACCGUCGUGUCUUAACGGUCAUUGACGCAAAAGCCUUCUGUACGACAAGCCUGUACGUCAGAAACGCAGCGGACCUUCGUCUGACGUUCUCGGGAGAGGAGGCCAUAAGUGAAAGAAGUUUAGGGAAAUUUCUAAUUAGAAAUUUAGGGCAUAACCAAAAAAGACAAAGACAGAGAGUAUCACAGUUGUUGGCCAUUUCCCUAAACAGAAAGAAAAUGCUCCAGGCCCAGGAAUCACUGACACUGGAGGACGUGGCUGUGGACUUCACGUGGGAGGAGUGGCAGCUCCUGGCCCCCGAGCAGAAGGACCUGUACCAGGAAGUGAUGUUGGAGAACUACAGCAACCUGGUGUCAGCAGGAUAUCAAGUCAGCAAACCAGACGCACUCUCCAAGUUGGAACAAGGGGAAGAACCGUGGACAUUAGAGGAUGAAAUCCACAGUCCAGUCUGUCCAGAAAUUGGCAAAGUUGAUGAUCAUCUCCAGGGUCACUGGGAAAAUCAAAUAAUGCUGAGAGGUAUGAAACAAAGCCACAAACACAAUGUACUUGGAAAUAAUGUUCAAAGCCAAAGUCAUUUUCCUUUCAUGCAAAAUCAUGAUAUGUUUGAGUUCUACAUGAAAACUCUGAAGUCAAGUUUAAGUUCAGUCAACCAGAGCAAAAGCUAUGAAAUUAAGAAGCCUAUUAAAUUGAAUGGAGAUGGAAAAUCAUUUCUGCAUGGUAAGCAUGAAGAUUUUCAUCCUGCAAUUAAAGUCCUUGUAAGUGCAAAACCCAUUAGCAGUAAGUCCCAGAUCAUUAAGUAUAAAAGUACUCAUGAAGUCAAGAAAGCUCAUGUGUGCCAUGAAUGUGGGAAAGCCUUUAUUAAGAAAUCUCAGCUCACUGAUCAUGAGAGAGUUCACACAGGAGAGAAACCUUAUGGAUGCAAUCUGUGUGCGAAAGUAUUCUCCAGAAAGUCCAGGCUCAAUGAACAUCAGAGAAUUCAUAAAAGAGAGAAAUCCUUUAUAUGCAAUGAUUGUGGCAAAGUCUUCACCAUGAAGAGCCGUCUCAUUGAGCAUGAGCGAACUCACACUGGAGAGAAACCCUAUGUAUGCAGUGAAUGUGGAAAAGGUUUCCCCGGGAAGCGUAAUCUCAUUGUACAUCAGCGAAAUCAUACUGGAGAGAAAUGCUAUGUCUGUAGUGAAUGUGGGAAAGGCUUCACUGGGAAGAGCAUGCUAAUAAUACAUCAGCGAACUCAUACAGGAGAGAAACCCUACACCUGCAGUGAGUGUGGGAAAGGCUUCACCACGAAGCACUACAUCCUUAUACACCAACGAAAUCAUACAGGAGAGAAACCAUAUGUAUGCAAUGAAUGUGGGAAAGGUUUCACUAUGAAGAGCCGUCUGAUUGAACAUCAGCGAACUCACACUGGAGAGAAACCCUAUGUGUGCAAUGAAUGUGGAAAAGGUUUUCCCAGGAAGAGUAACCUUAUUGUGCACCAGAGAAAUCAUACAGUAGAGAAAUCCUAUGUAUGUGGUGACUGUGGGAAAGGCUUCACCGUGAACAGCAUGCUCAUCAUACAUCAGCGAACACAUACUGGAGAGAAACCCUACACCUGCAGUGAGUGUGGGAAAGGCUUCCCCUUGAAGAGUCGGCUGGUUGUACAUAAGCGAACUCAUACGGGAGAGAAACCUUACAGAUGUAGUGAGUGUGGGAAGGGCUUCAUUGUGAAUAGUGGACUGAUGUUACACCAGCGAACUCAUACUGGAGAGAAACCCUAUGUAUGCAAUAAAUGCGGAAAAGGUUUUGCCUUUAAGAGCAAUCUUGUAGUACAUCAGCGAACCCAUACUGGAGAGAAACCCUUUACAUGCAAUGAUUGUGGAAAAGGCUUCACCAUGAAACGUUAUCUUAUUGUACAUCAGCAAGUUCACACAGGAGAGAAAUCCUAUAUAUGCAGUGAAUGUGGAAAAGGCUUCGUUAUAGAAACUGAGCUCAUUUUACACCAGCAAACCCAUACUGGAGAGAAACCUUAUGCAUGCAAUGAAUGUGGAAAAGGCUUUGCUGUGAAAAGCCGUCUAAUUGUCCAUCAGCGAACUCAUACAGGAGAGAAACCUUUUGUAUGCAGUGAAUGUGGAAAAGCCUUCUCCUCAAAGAGAAAUCUCCUUCUACAUCAGAAAACUCAUAAUGGGAACAAACCCCAAUAACACAAUGAGUAUGGUCACACCUUCAGGAAGAAAAUAUGCCUUGUAAAACAUCAGAGACUUCAUACAGGAUAGACUUAUAUGUACUGACUGGAAAAUCCUAUUCAUAUGUAUUGGAGUAUUGGUCUCAUGAUGCAUCAGGGGAUUUACACAGGAGACAAACCAUAUGUAUGCAGUUAGUGUGAGAGAAUUCAGCACCCACUGUACAUCAGAGAACUCAUAAAGGAGGGAGGCCCUCUGGAUUCAAGAAUUGGUGGUAACGUUUCUCUCACUUGUCAAGCCUUGUUAAUACACAUGACAAAUGAAAAUAUGUUUUGAGCAUCUAUCCUCAAGUGAACUCGAGCAGGGGACAAACCAUGAUAGUUUGGUGAACUUGUUAAACACCAGUGUGCUCCUGACAUACUGGAACAUAUUCAGUGUAGAGUAGCCUGUUGCUAGAUUUUCACCUUUGGGAAAUUAUAUUUGCAUAGGAAUGAAAUUUAAUGAAUGCAGAAAAUGUGCCAGUGCCUUCAGUGAUCAAUUACCUCACUUUGUAUGUCAAAAUUAACAUGUAGGAGAAAUAUUCUGAUAUAUUCAAGCAGAAAAGUCUUAAGGAAACAUUUCUAGGUAUAUGUCUGAAAAGUAUGUACUAAGAUAAAUCUUAUGAAUGGAGAGAUUAGGAAAGCCUUCUAUGGAGUUAAAGACUAUCUCAUUAGUGAUAAGAGAUCAUCAGUGAGCUCAUACUUAAUAGCAAUAGGAUGAUUGUGGGAAAGCCAUUGCCUAGAAAUAAAAUCUCAAUAGUUGCCCAAUAUUCAUGCUGAAGAAAAAAUUUCAAUUGGCAGAAUUCAUCAUUUCCCAUGAAUUCACACAGAAAUAAAACUGUUAGGAACACACUAAAUGUAGAGUAACUUUAGCAGAAUAUCAGAGAAUUCAUGGAGAGAAACCUCAUGAAAAUAAUGUACCCUUGAGUUUUCUAUCAUAAGUCUAAACUUAUUUACCUGGCAUCCAUUCUGGGACAGGAUACUUGAACCAUAUUCUCAAUGAUUCCAUAAUGUUAGGCAAAUUCUUAACACUGAUUAAAUUGUAACAUUAUGUACAAGCAGGAGUGUUCUGAGCCCACCCUGUAUCAUUAUAUGACUAGCUCUUGCAUUUCUUAGGCUCUAAAUUCAUAUUUUUCAGUCUAUUGUGUACUUCAAAAGUAAAAGGAAUAUCUUCAUAAAUGUAAUUCACCAUAUUUGGUUGUAUUUAUCCAAGUUUAUAAACAGCAUUAAGUAAUUUACAAAAAUUCCUUAAAUAUGAUUUUUCUAAAAUUUGGUUUGAAAUAUUUUAGACUUACAAGAAAUUACAAAAUAUGCAAAGUUCCUGAGUACUUUUAUUUAACUUCUUAGUGAUUAUCUUACAUAACCAUCAUACAUCAUAAAAAACAAUAAAACGACAUUGGUACAGUGCUGUUAGGUAAACUAUAUACCUUAUUUGGAUUUCACUAGUUUUUUGUGCUUUCAUUUGUGAGAGGUUUUUUGUUUUGUUUUUUCAUGUGGAGUUCUAAGACAUUUUAUCAUAUAUACAGAUUUCUGUAAAUUCUACCACAGUCAGGAUGUAGAGUUGUUGUGCCAACUCAAAGACAUGUCUUCCUGCUACCCCUGUAUAGCCUCACUGUCUCCCCAGCCCUCACCCAUGGUGACCAAUGAGAGGAGUCCAUCACUCUAAUUUUGUCAUUUCAAGAAAACUAUUAAAAUUGAAUCAUACAGUAUGUAACCUUUGAGAUAGGCAUUUUUCCCUAUUCAGCAAAUUCCCUUAAGAUCCAUCCAAUUUGUUGAGAGUGUAAAUAGUUUUACUUUUUGUUACUGAGUAGUAUUUUUUUGUAUUGAUGUACUAUGGUUUGUUUGUCUGUUCACUGUUGAUAGAUGUUUGGGUUGUUGCCAGUGUUUCAUUGUUAUGAAUAAAGAUGCUAUAAACAUUUGUAUAGCCAA